UCAUUUUGUGUGGAUGCAGGUCAUGGAGGAAACAGGUUUUGAUUUUUCAAAACUUCUUAACAAAGAUGAUUACAUUGAAAUGAUUUUUGGACAGCAGAGAGUGAGGCUGUACAUAGUUGCUGGAGUGAAAGAUGAUACAGCCUUUGCUCCUCUCACUAAAAAAGAGAUAAGUGAGAUUGCAUGGCACCGACUUGAUGAACUUCAUCCUGCAAGUGAUGAUGUCAUAUCUCGUGCGACCACUGGCCUCAAGCUUUACAUGAUCCAGACCUCUUUUGUAGAUCUUUGAAAUCAUGGAUUGCUGCUCAUCCAUCUCCCUUAGCACCUACAACAGACAGACCUUUGAAAGGUCCUCUCUCUCUCUCAACGUUCUGCUUCUCAAUCUAUUAUCCCCUGACUUUUCAGUUCUAUAUUUUUAUAUCCUUAUAGCACAUGAUAGACUCUAGUGGCCUCGGUUCAAGGCUCAUUAAUUUCUUCUUAAUUGAAAAUGUAAAUACUAGAAAGGAGAUGAACCUUGAUGGUUUAAUGUGCUUCUAUCGGCAAUUGAUGCUUAAUGACCUUUGAGUCUCGAGCAUUGAAACAACUCCCCGUCUCGCAUUGUUGUUAGAUGCAGGGCAAUAUUUUGGGAUUUGGACAAAUUAAGUGGGAAAAUUCUGACAGUAUGACCAUUUAUAUGGUGGCUUAUCUUGGUAAGGCCUACAUUUGCAAACCAGCCUUUAUGGUUGGGUUGCGAUGAUAAUUUAAUGGGCGUGAUUAU